AUGACGAAACUUGGAGUUGUCGAAGGAUCGUGGCAGUUUGUAGAUGUUUUUAGUUUAGAUAAUGAUAUGCUUGCAUUUAUACCGGAACCCGUGUUAAGCCUAUUGUUUUUAUAUCCUAUUGAAUCUGCCAUCGAAAAUGCUUCACUGGGUAUCGAAGAUAAUUCAUCUAAAGUUAUUUUAAUCAAACAAACGGUUGGCAAUGCUUGUGGAACGAUAGCCUUAUUACAUGCUCUAGCAAAUAAUAAACAAAAUCUAAGCAUCAAAGAUGAUUCGUUUUUGAGUAAGGUCUUAGAUGGAUUCGAAGAUAAGACACCUGCUGAACGUGGAGUUAUCGUGGAGAAUAAAAAAGAGCUUUCCGUAUUACAUGAAAAGUCAGCAUUAGAAGGUCAAACAGAAGCACCAGACGCUGAGUCGAAAACUAAUUUGCAUUUUAUAUGCUUAGUUGAGCAUAAUGGAUUUAUCUAUGAACUGGAUGGUCGAAAAAAUGCACCCAUUCGGCACGGAUCAAUUACAUCGGCUGGUUUUCUAAGAGAUGCAUGCAGUAUAGUCAAAAAGUUCAUCACUUGUUUACCAGAAAGUGUAGAUUUUAAUGUGAUGGCCCUAUGUCCUGCUAAUAACUGA